GAGGAGGAGGAGGAGGAUGAGAAGGAGGAGAGGGAGACACAAAGUGAGCCAGAGCCUGCUAUGGAUCGGACUGUGAUGGAAAAGGACCAGCAUGGCCAAACACCAGAACCUGAGACCAAAAAGGGUUUUGUGUAUGUGAAGGAGUACGUCAAUGCAACAGAGCUGUCCCUGCAUAACGCCAAAAACAACAUUGAUAGUAGGUCAGAUGAUUUGACAUCAAGCUCUGUCAACGACUCAUACAACAGCCCCUCCACUUACACCAGUGACUUGCUGUCGUCCACUUGUACGUACUGCGGGGAGCUGGUGGGCCAUGAUGCCAAGAUCACCAUUGAGCACCUCAAUAUCAACUGCCACCCUGCCUGCUUCAAGUGUGGUGUGUGUAGUAAGCCUAUGGGAGACCUUCUCUACAAUAUGUUCCUACAUGGUGGGAAAGUCCACUGUGAGAGCUGCUACUCCAAAGCCCUCGACUGAUUAUUGAGACUCUCCAGCAGCCUCUUAUCCUCGUCCCCUUCCCUUCAUGUUCAUUUGCAUAUAAAGUGAGAACUGGUCUUUCACGAAGUUUGGAAUGUGUUUGGUUUGAACUUAGGAAUGAUGUGGUUUUGGGUGAUCAAAGAGACCGUAAUGAUGAACAAUAUGAUUGCUUAAUGUUGAUUCGUACAUUAGGUUAAAUUUCCAAUUUCGCAAACAUGUUAUAUGUUAUACAAGCUUGUGUUUUUCCUGGUGGUGAAAGCUAUAUCUGCCUCAGUAAACUAUGAAGGAUAUGUCUGUACAUGU